AGGGAGGAAGGAGGGAGAAAGGAAAGAAAGAAGGAAGAAAAGGAAGGAAAGAGGGAGGGAGGAAGGAAGAGAAGGGAGAAAGGAGGGAGGGAGGAAGGAAGGUAGGACAGAAGAAGGAAGGAAGGGAAGAAGGAAGGAAGAGAAAGGAAGGAGUGUAUGUGUAUGUAGGGAUGGGUAGAAGGGAGGAAAGGCUGGAGAACAAGUGUAAGAAUGGAUGUAUAGAUGAGUGAAUUCAUAGAUGGACAGAUGGAUGGACUAGAUGGAUGGAAGGAAAGAAGGGCAGGAGGAGAUGAGGAGGAGAGAUGGUAUCUUAGCUAAGGCUUCUAUUCCUGUGAAGAGACACCAUGACCACAGCAACUCUUAUAAAGGAAAAACAUGUAAUUGAGGUGGCUUACGUUUUCAGAGGUUCAGUUCACAAUCAUCAUGGUGGGACGUGGCAGCCAUAGCCAGUACAAGGUCCUCUUGGACAGUGCAGAGGCCACUCAGCCAUCUCUGUUUGGACUCUUGUCAGAUGUGUGGCGUUAGUGUCCUCUGUGGGUGUCAUUGUCCUGACCACUGCAGCUCCUCCACAGGCACCAUCUGCCUCCGUUUUGAGUCCCAUGAGGUAUUAACAUAUUUAUUUGUAUGUGAGGUGGUGGCGGUGUUGACAUUUGCACCCCAACAGCCCAAAUGCUUCCCCGUGUCUCCCUGGAAACCUUUCUCCUCUAUAGUCCAUCUUUGCCAGCAGUUCUGAGAAUGUCCCUUCUAGGAGGAAGCAUUUGAGAAUGCCAACGCUGCAAAUUCCCUAGCUCCCUCACUCCAAAGGCAAGUGGCGGAGGCACAGAAUAUUGCAGUAGGCAGCCCAUUGCCUGGAAGGGCACUGUCCUGGAGAAUCAGGCCCCGGGAUAGAUUAGAGCAGGGAAACUAGCUACUAAGAUGGGCGGAUUCCUGUGUUACCUCACUCACUCUCGCCUCUCAGGCAGACGGCUUUUCAGUCUUUGACGCCUCAGCAAAGGGAGCUCAGAGGAGAACAAAGGCAUCCAAGGAGACAUGCACAGUGAGAGUUGCCAUGUGUCCUGUGGCUAUUUGUUAGCUGCCUGACUCAUGAUUCUCCCUCCGGUAGCAGAGCCCAGAAAGGGAGGUUUGUUAGCUCACCUCAGUCUCCAUAACACCAAUGCCCUGCCUGCAGUGAGAUGAAUUCAUUCAUUCUAUAGAUAGAUUCAUGACCCCACACAGCCCCCGGGGUCCCAGCCACUUGAAAUGUUCCCAAUUGCACAUAGCUAUUGAGGGCUGGCAGGCAGGAUCCAGUUAGGCAAGGGCAGGACAACCCACCCCAGUAGGCUCUGCUGGCUUGGGAAGCUGGGACAAGGGAGGGAGGGAGAGGGGCAGGCUCUGGUUUCCAAGCCAGGCUAGGCUCUGGUAACUCAGGUUGAGCAACCACCACUGCAUGUCAAAGUCCCCAGGCUCUCCUGUUGUGCUCUAAGGCUGUUCCCGUAAGGGUGGCUAUGGGUACUCCUCCUGUGUGGGAAUCUGUGGGUUUCCUCUGGAACCGGCGCUGUGGGCUCAUAGAAUGUUGUUACUGGUCAGAGAGCACAAGUCCAGCUAUGCCACACUCUAGAGAAACCAUGUUCACAGAUUCAAAGCUUAAAACGGGUGCAGGAAGUUAGUUCCCCAUGACCGCAGGCACCUGGGAGAAUCACUCCCAUUGUCGCAGUCACCAUGCUGUGGCAGAUAGGCCAUCAAACUCCGUCAGUAUUGGAACAAGCAGCCACUGUGGAAGAUGUGGAACCCUGUAUCCCAGAAGCUUGGUGCAGAAGGGCAGGCUGUACCCAGUCCGUGAACUCUGGAUAAACUCUGAGCACCGUGAUAGGCUGGCACUGUCUUGAGUUUGAAGCUGUCACCGUCUGUUCUGACUAUGGCAGCUGGCAGAGAGCCUCCUGCAGAGCAGAUGCUCAGCCUGGGGCCCCACGGGGCUCUGUGCUGCUGUCUCCACCCUCUGGUUCUUUAUGGCUCCUCCCAACUAUGGUUCCCUGAAUCCCCAGUGAGGCCUCCUACACCACUGCUUUGACAUGCAGCUAUGCAGCUCCUGUUCUUUGCUGUUCACCUGGCACCGCCCUCCCUACAACCUGCAGCCUGCAAGAAUCCUGGUAUUACUAAGCAUUGUGGUGAACAGCUUCAAUCCUAUCGCUGGGGAGGUGGGAUCUCUGAGUUCAAGGCCAGCUUGGUCUAUAUUGUGAGUUCCAGACCAGCCACUUCAUAGUGAGACCAUGUCUCAGAAAAAGCAAAGAAGAAGAAAAGGAUACUGCCUGUGAGAGACAUGUUCCGACUCCCCGAGGCUGGAUACUGGCUCCUAGAAUAGCCCCCGUGCACAGGGAUGCUUGUGCAAGAUGAGACCCAGGGCCUGCGCGCCCCAGCCCCGAAGGUGCACAGUUCCUGCUCCUGCCUGCACCCAGGGUCUGCACCAGGCAAGGACUCUGCUGUGGAGCCGCCCCAGCCCCGAAGGUGCACAGUUCCCGCUCCUGCCUGCACCCAGGGUCUGCACCAGGCAAGGACUCUGCUGUGGAGCCGCCCCAGCCCCGAAGGUGCACAGUUCCUGCUCCUGCCUGCACCCAGGGUCUGCACCAGGCAAGGACUCUGCUGUGGAGCCGCCCCAGCCCCGAAGGUGCACAGUUCCCGCUCCUGCCUGCACCCAGGGUCUGCACCAGGCAAGGACUCUGCUGUGGAGCCGCCCCAGCCCCGAAGGUGCACAGUUCCUGCUCCUGCCUGCACCCAGGGUCUGCACCAGGCAAGGACUCUGCUGUGGAGCCGCCCCAGCCCCGAAGGUGCACAGUUCCCGCUCCUGCCUGCACCCAGGGUCUGCACCAGGCAAGGACUCUGCUGUGGAGCCGCCCCAGCCCCGAAGGUGCACAGUUCCUGCUCCUGCCUGCACCCAGGGUCUGCACCAGGCAAGGACUCUGCUGUGGAGCCGCCCCAGCCCCGAAGGUGCACAGUUCCUGCUCCUGCCUGCACCCAGGGUCUGCACCAGGCAAGGACUCUGCUGUGGAGCCGCCCCAGCUUUGAAGGUGCACAGUUCCCGCUCCUGCCUGCACCCAUGGCAACGCUCCCAUUGCUCUCACCUACUCACAUGCGGUGAUCACACAACCAGCAAAGCUGCCAGCCCAGUGAAUAGGUGGUCACCCAUCUGCUCAGGAGGGAGCGAGAACGUUAAACCCAGUAGUAUCCCUUCAUCUCGAUCUCCAGCGCUUGCCCUGUUUUCAGCACAGGAGUUCCCGAUCUAUUUAAUUUUCCUCAAGGAAGAACUUUGAACACUUUUUUUCCCUUUUAAGAUUUAUUUAUCCUGAUGGGGAUAUGCACAAACAACUGGCCUAAACUAAUGGGAGCACGCUGACUCUGAACGGAGAGCAGGGGAACCUGCAUAGGGCCAAACUAGGCUCUCUGAAUGUGGGUGACAGGUGUGUGACCGAGGCAGUCUGUGGGACCCCUGGCCAUGGGACCAGGAUUUAUCCCUAGUGCAUAAGCUGGCUUUUUGGAGCCCAUACUCUUCGGAGGGAUACGUUGAAAAUAAAAUUUGAAAAAAGAUUUGUUUAUUUCAUGUGAUGGCUGUUUAGCCCAGGGUCCCCUGCAAGAGCAGCUUGUGCUCUUAACCACCGAGCCAUCUCUCCAGUCCUUACCAUUAGCAUUUCCUGCAGGAUGAAUCUGUUUGCAAUGCAUUCUCUCAGCUUUUAUCUGACAGAACCCUUUGCUGCUGAAAAUAA